AUGGGGCAGUGGACAAACCAAAAGAACCAGGCUGGACCUCUAAGCCCAGGUGCCGUUAUCUAUGGAGAAAUCGCUCAACUCAGCAGGCUCGCUCAGCAACAUGCCGCGAAGUUUAACCACACGGCCGAUAUACUCACCAGCUUUGGGCCGCACCUUGGAUUGUUCUUUGCAGAUGCAUUCCGUCUGAAUCGUUACCGCUGGUCCAACCUGCCCACCGACUUGAGGGACGAGAUUCAGAAGCAUGUGUCUCUACAUGGCCACGGCAAUCAGAAACUUGGCAGGACAAUAAGAUCCAUGAUGUGGCUAUUAAUGCCUUGGAUGGGCUGGAUCAUGCAACUGAGGAGAGGAGAGCGCUUUAUCAGGAGUCAAGGAGAUCGACGACUUCCUGAGGAGCUCCAGAGUGCGCUCGCAGAAGGGGAUCGUAAGGAAGUGGACAAUAAGCGUUGCCCCCAAAAUACCACCAAACGCAAAGCACUGGCUGAUUUUUACGGACCAGAGAGUAUUCCUGAAUCACAAAGUUCCAACUGA